AUGGCUGUCACGUACCUUGUAGGAGAAUCUGCCACAGAGAAGGGCAAACUACUCUAUCACGCCCUCACACCUCUGCUGAUUGUUGUUUCCCUCGGGAGUGUACUUUAUACUUUCGGGCUGGUCAUAUAUCGGCUUUACUUCCACCCACUCGCCAAGUACCCCGGUCCAUUCUGGGCCAGGAUUUCCAAUUGGUACUCGGUGUAUCACGCUGCUAUCGGCGACAGACACCUGCAGACUUACUGGGCUCACCAGAAAUAUGGCAAGUUCGUCCGUAUUGCCCCCAACCUUGUGACGAUCAACGACCCAGCGGCCAUCAAAGACAUCUACGGCGUGAACCAGAACGUGCGCAAGUCCGUCUUCUACGAAGCCUCGAUCGCGCACAAUGGCUUCCAGAACAUUUUCUCCGCGCGGGACCGCGAGAUUCACGCCCGCAAACGCCGCAUUCUCGCCCCAGCAUUCACCGAAGCGAACCUGUCCUCCAUGGAACGGUACAUCCUCCCGCACAUUGACGAAUUCUUCCACGCCGCGUCGGGGGAAGAGCGUUGCUCGGCACUACGCAAUUGCUGGGCUGCCGACCUGGGAAAAUGGGGUAACUACCUGACCUUCGAUGUCAUGGGCGAUCUCGUCUUCGGGAAGGACUUUGGCAUGCUCCGCGGAGACGAGAGUCGAGACCUCCCCAAUGUCAUUGACGCGGCGGUGCAUCGGCAGCUUCUUAACGGAUGCAGCCACUUCAUGCUCAGAUGGAACCUCGACAAGCUCCUCUUCCCAGACAUUGUCCGCCGCGGCCGGCAGCUGCUCGUCUACGCAAAGAAGCAAGUCCAGCUGCGCAAGAACGCCGACCAGAACCGCAAGGAUUUCUUCUCAUACAUUACCAAUGCCGAGAACAAGGACGGCACCAAGGCGUACGCUGAAUCCAGGGAGGUAUUUGCUGAAGCGAGAGGACUCAUCGUCGGUGGCUCUGAUACAACGGCUACACAAUUGGCGGCGAAUUUCUUCUAUCUGACAAACAACCCCCCCGCUUUGAAGCGUCUCGUGGAAGAGAUCCGGUCGACAUUCAACUCCGCCGACGAGAUCCGCCUUGGGAAAUCCCUCGACAGCUGCCGCUAUCUCCACGCCGUCAUCAACGAAACCAUCCGCCUCAGUCCCAGUCUCCCCGGCGUCCUGCCUCGGGAGGUGCUUAAGGGUGGCCUCACAGCGGUCGGGGAACACUUCCCCGCCGGCGUCGAGCUCUCGGUCCCCAUCUACGCGGUCCACCAUUUCAGCGACGUCUUCUUCGACCCGCACAUGUUCAUUCCCGAGAGAUGGCUGCCUGAAUACACGAGCGAGGAUGCCGUGAAACGGUGCCACGACGCCUUGACCCCGUUCUCCUACGGCUCUCGACAAUGCAUCGGCAGGAGACUCGCGGUGAUUGAACUUUAUCUCGUUCUCGCCCAGGCUGUCUGGAAAUACGACAUUGAGUACGUCUCAGGUGGGAAAGAUGAUCGGUUUCCGCAGAAUCCGGAAGUGGUAGAGUACAAAUUGCUUGACCAUCUUGCUGCUGGGAGGUCGGGACCCGUGAUAAGAUUCACAAGCAGGGAGUAG